CAUGUUUGUGUCGCCAGCUUUUGUUGUCGUCUUAGUCUGUAUAUUUUCAUUAGAUUCCACUUUUGGACAGGGCUCUCCAAGCAGACGGGAAAUACAAGGCACUCUGAAACAGGUCCAGAAGCUUCUGACAGCUCAUGAAACAUCAUGUGCACAAAGUUUAAAAAACCUGAAAAAGAAAAUUAACCUUUUACAGAACAGUGCAACAAAGAUAACCAGAGCCACCAACACCACUUGCCCCAAAGUGGAUGCCCCUGUGAAUGGGAGAAAACUGGGUAAAUCUCAGAGUGUGGGCCAUGAAGUACACUUCCUGUGUGACCCGGGUUAUGAGCUGGUGGGACCUGAGAGUCGCCUUUGUCAAGAAAGUCUUGUGUGGAGCGGCCAGCAGCCAACCUGCCGAGACAUCAAUGAGUGUGCCUCCUCUCCGUGCCUGAAUGGAGGAACAUGUGUGGAUGAAGUGAAUCAAUUCUCCUGUGUCUGUGCCAAAGGCUGGGCUGGAGUUAUCUGCCAGAGUCCUGUGCCAACAUUCUUUAUGGCCAUGACAAACACCUCUGCUGCCACCUCACCUGCUGCUGCUGCUGCUGCAAUGUUACCUGCUGCAGUCAGUGGACCCUUUGUCCGCCCGCCACGAUGCACCAUCACACAGGGCACCACCCACUGCACCUGUGAGCCCGGAUACACCAUCUCAGGCAGAGACAGCUACACUUGCACCGACAUAGAUGAGUGUGAGUUAUUUCAUAAUGGACAGGCUGGGAGACUUUGUCUUCACACCUGUGUGAACACCCCUGGAGGCUAUCGCUGCACCUGUCCAGCAGGAUAUGAAAUAACCCGAGAUGGACGUGGCUGUAAAGACAUUGAUGAAUGUGCUGCAAGACAGAACAACUGUUCAAUGGAUCAGACAUGUAUUAAUACAAAUGGUGGUUUCCAGUGUGUCCGCGUCGAUUGCCCUAAAAUCCCUAAUGCAACAUAUGUCAAGACAUCGCCAAUGCGCUGUGAGCGUAACCCCUGCCCGGUGGAUAACAAAGCAUGCUCUCAAGCCCCAAACUCCUUCUCUUAUCAUUACCUGUCUGUAGUGUCCAACCUGUCAGCCCCUCGUGUGAUGUUCCGAGUGUCAGCGCUGCGUCAGGUUGGAGACACACUGCGCUUCUCUCUGCUCGGUGGCAGACACGUCCGCCGCUACUUCACCGUGCAGCGUUCCGACCGUCUGACGGGUCAGCUGAUGCUGGUGAGCCCAGUGCAGGGUCCUGCCACUUUAGAGGCCGAGGUGGAGAUGACUGAGCUGGAGAAGAGAGAGCAACUGGGUCGGUACAUCACCAAAGUUACCAUGUUUGUUUCACAAUAUGACUUCUAAAAAUUAAUGGUUUUAGAUUUCAUACAAGCAAAUGCUAGAGCAGAACUGUACCACACACAUAGAGGAUAAAGUGGACAGUAGAAGAAAACACUGGUUCUGCAGAGCUUCAUGUAGCAUUUGAUCUGAGAAAUGUAAAUUAGUAAAAGUUUUAUUUUUUGGUCAUCACUGAAAGUCAAAUAGGACAAUCAUGUGAUAUAAUGCUGGGAAAUUUGUAUUUAUGUUAUGUUCUAUCAUUACUGAGACAAUUGUUUU